AUGGCGGAGACUCGUUUGGUUCUUACCCCACAGCCUCCUGAUGGCACAAAGCUGGAGAUGGACUUUCUAGACUCAACUUUCUUCAAGACUCCCGGCCAGCGGCUGCCGACGCCAGCACAAGUCCGGGCCCUGUCAACAGAUAUAUACAUACUCCCCCAACCAAAACCUAUCAUCUUCAGAAACCCAAAUAUCUUCGUCAAGUUUGGUCGCUACGUUACUGUUGCAGAAGCUCAGUGUCUUUGGAUGAUUCGGCAGGUCUUUCAAGGCACUGUGCCGGUUCCUGAACUUUUCGGAUGGCGUGUAGAUGACAAGGGCUAUGUAUACAUUUAUAUGCAGCUCAUCGAAGGACAGACAUUACUUGAUGGAUGGGAUGAUCUUCAAAGCACAGACAAAGAAGUGAUGUGCAAUCAGUUAUGCCAAAUCAUUCGAUCUCUACGUCAACUUAGCCAACCGUCUGGCAAGUACAUUGGAUCUAUCAACUGCCAAAAGAUUCCCGAUUACGUCUUCCAGUCACUGACAGAAGCCGGGCCAUUUCCAAACAUAAAGGAAUUUAACGAUUGGUUCUCCACCCUGCCCCAAUCGCGGCUUCCGGCGUCCCUGAAAUAUAAAGAUCCCUAUAGAGACCUCUUGCCUGAUGACGGAUAUCAAAUUCACACACGCCGACCUUCAUCGAGGUAA